GAUCCUGAAGCCGCGGUUCGUCAGAUUCUCACCUGGCCAGUCGGGAACAGUCUAUAGGAUGAUCAAAGCAGCGUUGUCUGUGCUCUUGGUCCUGGCGGCCGUGUCCUCCACCUUUGCUAAAUAUAUCCCAAAGACUGGGAAGAGGAUCCCUCAGACUCUGUCCAGAGGGUGGGGUGAUCAGCUGAUCUGGGCUCAGACUUAUGAGGAGGGUCUGUACUGGUCGAGGUCAAGGAACAAGCCACUGAUGGUACUCUUUCACCUUGAGGACUGCCCACAUAGUCAGGCACUGAAGAAGGAGUUUUCUGAGAACAAUGAGCUCCAGAGAACUCUUGAUGAGGACUUCAUUGUUCUCAACCUGGUGUAUGAAACCACAGACAAACAUCUCUCCCCUGAUGGCCAGUAUGUUCCCAGAAUCCUUUUUGUUGACCCCACAAUGACAGUGAGGGCCGACAUCAAUGGUCGCUACUCCAACCGGAUGUAUGCCUAUGAGCCAAAUGACAUCAAACUCUUGUUGAGUAACAUGCAAAAGGCUAAGAAGCUCCUGAAGUCUGAGCUGUGAGCACCAUGAGGAGCCAUUGUGACCCUGGUCCAGACUUUGCUUUUGCCACGGAUGCUGAUAACAUGAUGUCACUGAAGAUUACACAUGAAAAACCAGCUCCUCACCUUCACUUGAAACAUUUCCUCCUUGAAUUCCCUUCCUGAUUUGUACCGUUGUUAUUAUUCCUGUACAAUCAGAGUGUUUUUUGAAUAAAUAUAUGUAUCUCGUCAUACGUA